AUGUGGGAGCAGCCGGAAGAGGAGGAGGCUGCCGAGGAGGAGGAGGAGGAAGCCCCCGAGGAGCCGGAGCCGGUGGUAGAGCGAGAGGAGGAGCGCCCCAAACCAAGCCGCCCCGUGGUGCCUCCACUGAUCCCCCCAAAGAUCCCGGAAGGGGAACGUGUGGACUUCGAUGACAUCCACCGGAAGCGCAUGGAGAAGGACCUGUUGGAGCUGCAGACGCUCAUCGACGUGCACUUCGAGCAGCGCAAGAAGGAGGAGGAGGAGCUCAUUGCGCUGAAGGACCGCAUUGAGCGGCGCCGCGCGGAGAGGGCGCAACAGCAGCGCUUCAGAACCGAGAAGGAGCGGGAGCGGCAGGCCCGGCUGGCGGAGGAGAAAAUGCGGAAGGAGGAGGAGGAGGCCAAGAAGCGGGCUGAGGAUGACGCCAAAAAGAAGAAGGUCCUGUCCAACAUGGGGGCCCAUUUUGGGGGUUACCUGGUCAAGGCAGAACAGAAGCGGGGGAAGCGCCAGACGGGGCGGGAGACGAAGCUUCGCAUCCUGUCUGAGCGGAAGAAGCCUCUGAACAUCGACCACAUGGGCGAGGAGCAGCUCCGGGCCAAGGCCCAGGAGCUGUCCGACUGGAUCCACCAGCUGGAGUCGGAGAAGUUCGACCUGAUGGAGAAGAUGAAGCAGCAGAAGUACGAGAUCAACCUGCUCUACAAUCGCAUCAGCCACGCCCAGAAGUUCCGGAAGGGGGCAGCGAAGGGCCGCCUGGGAGGCCGCUGGAAGUGAGGACGGGGCGGGGCCGCCCCAGGUGCCGGAGUCCUGGGAGUGCCCGUCCC